UACAGUGACCUGAGAUUGUCCCGGCCCAAAAAGCCCCGUGAGGAAAAUUUCCAGAGCAUUCUGCUCCAUAUAUGUGGCCCGGAUGACGACGAUCGGCAUCUCGCAGGGUCUGAUGGAGGACAGUUUACGAAGAACAAAGUAGAUAAUGUUCUUCGUUGAAGCUCUAGAUGAAUUGUUCUGAUGCCGAUUUAGCCAGAUGAAGUGGGGUGGUAGGAGUUUUUGGGGAGGAAAUGGGUUGUCCAGUGGUCGCCACCUUUGGGCGAAAAUCUCGCCUGUCUUACAAGCAUGGGCCGCCAUUAAUCUGGCUGGCUGCGUUGGUUGGGGCUGUGCAGUCGGAAAGUUGCCUCGGAAAAUCUCUCUCGAGGAAUGACAGCUUCGGUGCACAUUGUUCGAACGAACGAACUGUCGGUAGUUUUAUAGCACUGCAUCGUCCAGUCCUCACUAUUCAGGGCGCAGUUACUCGGCGAACUUGCCAGGUCGCCAUCAGCCUCAUCCGAUUUCGUUUAAGAGGCGCGGCCUUGCGACACCGAAGCGUUACAUCACGAAUCUCGACGGCGUUCGUAGCAAAGUGGCCCUCUCACGUGCGAUGUGAUGGAUUGGGCUCGUGAUAAUUCAGGAUUGAGCGACAGAGACCUCGAUAAUGUGUUCAAGUAUGAAGAGAAAUCCACGACGGUCGUGCGGAUGCUGGCUGGGGAGAAGGUGGGCUC